UCUAAGCGGCAGCUGGCAGCGACAGGUGCUUCCCUCACCUCGUUGACACCUGCAGAGGAGUUAUCCGUUUCUCUCCAGGUUUUCUGAAGAGCACUUUGGCUGGAGGUCAGCUGGGUGACUUUAUUUGGAGCAUUGCUGUGGAAACGUGGAGUAUUUUAGUUCUUUAAAAAACUUUUGAAGCUUUUUUUGAGACCCACCAGCCGAAGCUCUUCAAGCCCAGAAGGUUCUGGUGGCUCUUUCUGAACAUCUCCAGCCUCUAAGAAGCGUUUUAGAAGAACAGAAGGAAGGCCCAGGUGUAAAAUGGCAAAUAAAGGGUUGCAGCUUUUGGGCUACGUCCUCGCCCUGUUGGGUCUGAUUGGGCUCCUGGCCGGCACCAUCAUGCCCCAGUGGAAGAUGUCCGCCUACGUGGGGGAUAACAUCAUCACGGCCGUGGCGAUGUACCAGGGGCUUUGGAUGUCCUGCGCCUUCCAGAGCACCGGCCAGAUGCAGUGCAAGAUCUACGACUCCAUGCUGCAGCUGGACAGUGCUCUCCAGGCCACGCGGGCGCUGAUGGUUGUGUCCAUCCUCCUGACCGUGAUGGGACUGGGUGUGGCCUGCAUGGGAAUGAAGUGCACAAACUGCGGAGGUGAUGAUAAAGUGAAAAAGUCCCGCAUUGCCAUGACUGGAGGAAUCGUUCUCCUCGUUGGAGCUCUCUGUGCCAUCGUUGCCUGUGGAUGGUUCUCUUCCCAGGUCAUUCAGGACUUCUACAACCCCUUCACUCCUGUGAAUACAAAGUACGAGUUCGGAUCGGCAAUUUUCAUCGCCUGGGCCGGCACUUUCCUGGUGGUCAUGGGCGGAGCCAUGCUGGCAGCGUCCUGCUCAAAGAGCCAAACCAGCUCCAAAUACCCCGCGACCAAGUCCCGGCCGGCCAGCAGCUCCAGGGAUUACGUGUGAGCGCCACCUGUUGGCCAGCUUUAAGGACAUCACGAACCGCAGGGUGGUGACGGUGGACGUUUUCUCUGUACAGCGGAUCUGAGACCAGAUUUAUAUAUGGUUUUUACGGUGGUCUCAGAUCAGCGGUCGGGGUCAACGUCUACCAAGAAAUGGCAGUCACUGAGCCCUGUCACUGAGUUUUUUAAACUAUUAUCAUUGCUUCCAUUUUUAAAGGUGCAUUUUACCCUAUUUUUAUAGUCUAUUUACCCAAAGCCCUUCAUAACUAACAUAGCAGAAGGAGAGGCCGAUGUAAGAGCCUGAUGGUUUGAGACUGAUUGAUCACUUUCUCUCUGAAGUGUAAUAGAACAGUGGAGCCUGUGACGCUCAGGGAAAACUGUUUGUAUGUGUUCUAGAUCAUUUCGUCAUAGUUAAAGCCAAAGUGAAGUGUCUCCUUCCCUGCGUUUCCUCUCUGAAUACUUUGAGAGGCCGAACACUAAGACUGAAGGCAAAAGAGGGCAAUUAAAAACAUACCGUUACUUACAAAAAGAUCAAAAAUGACAUCUUGACGAGUGUAAACAUCUAACGUGUGUGCAAUAUAUCUAAUGUUAGACAUAAGGACGCCGAUAAGACUAAAACCAAUUUCUAGACGUUUUAUUUCUCACACUAGUAGAUAUCGUGGCUAAAUUUUAGGAUUACCGCACCUGACAUGAUUUUAAAAGAAGUAAAAACAUCCAGAAAUUGGUUACAAUGUCUUAUCAUAGUCCUGUAAACAGAGAUUUAGCCAUAUUGCCUGCAGUCGAGGUGCAAAGGCCUCAUUUUUUGGCUGAGUUUUUGAAGCCUGUUGUGCGAGAAGCAGCUCACAGCUUUCAGCUUUUCCUUCUUUUAAGUGAUGAAGUUUGUAGUUUCCCCACCUUCUAGAACAAAGACGGGCUUAUUUGCCGUUGAAGGCCGUGCCCUCCUGGGCCUGAUCUAGCCUCUGAAUAGUGACUCAUCUUUUUUGUGAACUGCCCUUUUCUUUCCCUCUUCUGCUGUGCAAACCUGGCAACCGACUUUUUUUUGUUGUUUUUUUAAUUAACUCUGAUAGCGCUUUAUCAUCGAGCUGUAACAAAACCUCUUCUGUUUCCUUUCUUCACGACAAAUAUUUGUAGAUAUUCCUCAGUUUGUCAUUCUGUCCUUGCCAUGUCUUACACAAAGCCUGUUUUUUAAAUGUUAUUUUGCGCAAAUUAAUUUUAUGUAAAUAAACAUGAAAAUGAAUGA